AGGUGAUUAGUUCUUGGCAUCUUUCGGCCAAGAUUGGGCGAGCCCUCGGUCUCAUUCCAAGCUGACCCCACAGGCACAGCUACAGUUUUUGCUAAAUACCAAAGAUGUUGACGAGUGCACUUUCCCUGUUGGCAUUGCCCGGAUCCUUCACUGUAACAGAGCUUCUUAUGGCCUCCACUGUCUUCUGCCUGGUCUUCUGGAUCAUUGAGUCUUACCCUCAAAGGGUGCCCAAGGGACUCAAAAGCCCACCUGGACCCUGGGCUUGGCCUCUGAUUGGCAACAUACUGACCCUGGGGAAGAAUCCCCACUUGGCCCUGGCCCGACUAAGAGAGAAGUACGGGGAUGUGAUGCAGAUUCAUAUCGGCUCCACCCCUGUGCUGGUGCUGAGUGGCCUGGAAACCAUUCGGCAGGCCCUGGUGAGGCAGGGGGAGGACUUCAAGGGCCGACCCGACCUCUACAGCUUCUCUUUAAUCGAGGAUGGUGAGUCCUUGACUUUUGGGGCUGACUCAGGGGAGGUCUGGGCAGCGCGAAGGAAGCUGGCCCAGAGUGCUCUCAAGACCUUCUCCGUGUCCUCCUCCCCAUCCUCUUCCUCCUGCUACCUGGAGGAGCACGUGAAGAAGGAAGCCGAGUUCCUGAUCCAGAAAUUCCAGGAGCAGAAGGGGCACUUUGACCCCUUCAAGUACGUGGUGGUGUCCGUGGCCAACGUCAUCUGCGCCAUCUGCUUCGGAAAGCGCUACGAGCACGAAGAUCAAGAACUGCUGAGCAUCGUGACCCUGAGUGCUCAGUUUGUUGAGGUCGCUGCCUCUGGGAACCCAGCCGAUUUCAUCCCUGUGCUCAGAUACCUGCCCAGCAGCAAGAUGACAGUCUUCCGGGACCUGAAUGAGAAAGUCACUGACUUUGUUCAGAAGCUGGUGAAAGAACAUUACAAGAGGUUCGAAAAGGGCUGCAUCCGGGACAUCACAGACAGCCUAAUUGAACAUGGCCGGGAAAAAAAGUUGGAUGAGAAUGCUAACGUCCUGCUGUCAGAAAAGAAGAUUGUGAACAUUGUCCUUGACCUCUUUGGAGCUGGCUUUGACACGGUCACCACAGCCAUUUCCUGGAGUCUCAUGUACCUUGUGGCAAGGCCUGAGGUCCAGAAGAAGAUCCAGGAGGAGCUGGACCUGGUGAUCGGCAGGGAGCGCUGGCCCAAGCUCUCAGACAGGCCUCAGCUCCCCUACACGGAGGCCUUCAUCCUGGAGACCUUCAGGCACUCUUCCUUCCUCCCCUUCACCAUCCCCCACAGCACAACCAGAGCCACGACCUUGAACAACUUCUACAUUCCCAAGGGACGCUGCGUCUUUGUGAACCAAUGGCAGAUUAACCAUGACCAGAAACUAUGGGGGGACCCGUCCGUGUUCCGGCCAGAGCGAUUCCUCAGUGCAGAUGGGACCAUCAACAAGGCCCUGAGUGAGAAGGUGAUCAUGUUUGGCCUGGGGAAGAGGAAAUGCAUUGGGGAGAUGAUUGCCCGGGGGGAAGUCUUCCUCUUCCUGGCCAUGCUGCUGCAUCAGAUGGAGUUCAGCGUCCCCUCUGGAGUGGAGCUGGACCUGACCCCAAUCUAUGGGUUGACUAUGAAGCAUGCCCGCUGUGAGCACUUCCAGGCUCAGCUACGCUCUUAGGAGGACUAAGGGCUCCGGGAUAGGAUGCUGUCGUUUUCCCUGGCCUGCCUCAGUGGACUGGUAGGAAGCUUCAGGCUGAAGCUGAUGAACACCUGCCCAGCUCGGCAGCUGCUCUGACUUCUGACAUCCUGGCAUUAUCCACUAGAGAGGAGCUGCUUAACCCUCCAAUCCCUGAUCUUUCCUCCUGGCUCCCAGAAGCCUACUUCCUCUUAGUAUGAGGCUCCCUACUAAAAGAAUGCUUUGGGGCUGUUCUUUGGUUUAAGAGGCCUGGCUGGGGACAAGAGAGUCCCUGGGCCUCUGAAAACUUCAAGCAAGGUCUUUGGGAACUCAGAGAAAAGAGAAAACAUGGGACCAUUCAUCAGAACUGGCCCAUUCCAUCAGGCUAUGAGCAUAUUUGUUCUACUCUGUAGAAAGGAAGGAAACUUUGAGCCACUUUCCAGGCAAAUCAAGGUGGGUUCAAGGAAAAGAUCUACCAGCUGGGAAUUCAGUGGACAGAGCACGCCUGCAUGGUUGACGUUGGGCCAAUCCCAGCUUCAGAAAAAUGCUCCACAUUAUUGCGAGGAUGAGCAAGUCAUGGACCUUUCAUAGAGAAACAUGGGUCUAGUAAGCUUCUCCAAGCCCAACAGAAGUCUUAUUGGUCCAGUGAGCUCCACAGCGAGGACCAACUUCCUUCCCCUUUCACCAAGAACACUUGUUUUCUGAUACCUCUUUUUAUACAUUUUUCUGAAGAGCGAGUGACUGAGUGGUGCCUAAUGUGAGCUUGGAGGAGUGGGAAUAGAGGCUCCAAGGAAGAGGCCUGUGGCCAUGUGAAAGGAAGUGGAGAAAAUCACUUGAGAUGUUGCCCCCCCAUCACUUAAGCCUUCCUGCUCAUCUGCUAUACUCAAGACCUCAGCAUAUUAGUAUUUUGUGUAUUGUGUAUUGUUUGGAAAAUGACCUUUGGUGCAAAGGAAGGACUUGACUUUUUCUGCUUGGUCCCAGAAUAAGGACCAAUGAAUGGGAGUUACAGGGAGGUGAAUGUCAGUUUAAUAUAAGGAAGAACUUCCUAAUGAUCAGGAACAUCCCAAAGUAGAAUGUUCUACCUCAGGCAGUAGGAAGCACCCCAUCAUUGAGGGUCUUUGAGCAGAGUUUAGAUGACUGACUGUCAGAAAUACUGAAGUGGGGAUUCCUGUUCAGGUAUGGAUUGGACUGGAUGACCUCUGAGGCUCUUCUGGCACCGAGACUAAAAGUGUGGUGUAGAAAAGAGUAACCUAAGCAUCUGAAACAUUUAUGUAAUCUAUCCAGGAAAUAAUAAAGAUAUAUCCCAGAA